AUGAACACCCUCCUAUCGUUAAACAUGGAUGUCCAACUGAUUUCAUAUGAUGCAGCGCAAUGUGUGCCGACACCUUUGGAUAAAAAUUUUGUUACCUUCAAUGGUGUUAUGAGUGGUUCUUGCAAAUUAAAUCUUAAAACAGUCCCUACAAUUAGACUCUACGUGAGAGCAGGUGGCGUAAGUUCCUUGGUACAUGUCCAUAACGUAUUUCCAUACCUUUACGUCCCCGUUGAAGCCGAACGAUUUCCAAAUGCGGAGGUAGAGCUGGUUAGAUGGCUAAAUGAAAUAAAUAAUCAACUUGCUCUCUCAUAUUCGAAAAAACAGAGGCCUAGGAGAAAAGUAGAAGGAAUACGCAAGAAACGUCAAAAGAGAGGAAAAGUUGAUCAAAAUGAACACCACGAUUAUGAGUAUAAUGAUCAGGAUCAAGAGAGUGAGUUUGACACUGAUGAGGAAGUUGAUACUAAUUCUGAAGUCUUGUCCACUUCGAAUUCAUACGUUGCAGAUAUAUCCAUAGUAUCAGGAGUUCCCUUUUAUGGCUACCAUCUUUCCUCUUCAACUUUUUUGAAAAUAUCUAUGGCUUCCCCAAAAUAUACGGUGAGACUAUCAAAACUAAUGACUGAGUCAAAACUAUUCAAGAGAUUCUAUCAACCUUACGAAUCACAUAUACCCUAUACCCUACAAUUUCUCGCCGAUUAUAAUCUAUACACAUUGAAAUCAAUUCGGUUCAAUAAAUUCUUGUGGAGGUCACCUAUAAUUUUGCUGGAUAAUGUUUCCCAAGAUUAUCAGCCGUUUUUUGAAACUCAUUUUGUGGACUUCAAUAAGAUGAGACUGAACAAUACUGUUGAAGAAUUUGUUAAUGGCCAUAUAUGUAUUGAUAAUAAUGGCAACUUGAAUGUGCUUGAACAAUCCAAAUUCCCAAGAUCGGCGAGAUCUUUGUUGGAGUUUGAUGCUCAAGCUUCUUGGAUUGACAAUAUAAACGAUUUAGUCGAUCGUACCCCAGCGACUUUGCAUUCUGGCGAGUCCUUUUCAGCAGAUCUCAGCUACAUCUCCUCCACGAAGUCAUUAUUAGAUGACGUUGAUAAUUUGCGUCGAUCAAAAGGGUUAGACGUUGGCGUUUCUCAACAUGGGUUAUUUGAUAAUAUAAAACGCUCCUGUAGUGGAAGUUUGUGGAAUGAUCAAGAAGAUAUUAAGGUUAUGUUUAGAACAGCUGUGAAACUGUCAGAAGAUGCAUUUGUGAAGAAAUACAAAACCAAAGAUAUUAACCUUCUUAAAAAAUGGUCCGGCAAGAAAGCUGCUUUUCCAACUCCCUUUAAGAGUGUGAAAUCUCUACAGUAUGAGCCAAUAAUAGGUUCUAGUUGUUUGGUAGACUCAAAGGUCCUAGCUAUGUCACCAAAUAAUUAUCUAAGCGCUCUUUUAGCAUUUGCCUCACGGAAGGGGACUUUAUUAAAAUCAUCGUCAGACGGGAUUGUUAACACAAAUCUGCCAUGUGCUCUUGAGAUUGAACAAGAUUUGAUAGAUGCCAUCUCAGAAGAUAGUGAGAAGACUGAUGACGAUAAUCCCCCAAAAGAAGGAGACGACACAACAGUAAUAAAUCAUCAUGAUGGCCUUUUCCCUAACGAACAUUCUAACAACUCAUUUAACCUUACUUUAAAACUUCAAGAAUCUUCGGUAAUUGAAGAGGUGACAACUUCUAAUAUAUCGGGAUCGGCCAAGCCGUAUCGUUCAUCGUUUAUUUUAUCACAAAGAAUUCCCCAGUUCUUCAAAUUUGUUUCUUAUUUUGGAGAUAUCUUUGAUGAAAAACUAUUCUCUUUCAAUGUUCAACAACCGAUGUCAUGUUCCAAGGAUAAGUUUCUCAAUGAAUUGGAAACUUUCGGUUUACCGAAGAUAGAUUAUAUGGACCCUUUCUUUUCCAAGCUUUCGAACUUUGAUUCUAGACCGUUUAUUUUUGCGGGUGAGAAAUUUGUUCUCAAAUGCAAAGAGAUAGAUAAGGAUUUAUAUCCUGGUUUGGAUCAGUUCAAUUUCUUCCAACAGCCGGCAAACAAAAAUUCUCCAAAUCUGUGGAAAUAUAGUCCAAUCCCGCCAUCUUUUACCGAUGUCAAACAGUGGAGUCAAGUACCGGAGCAGAGUAAGGAGAAUGCAGGCUUCAAUUACGACUCGCAAAUCAGGGGGCCAACUCAAAAAUUUAAAGAGUACAAAUAUCCUUCGUUGAAAACUCCAGUUGAAAGAUUAUCUGUAGAGAAUAUAUCUUUAUCGAUUUUGAUUAUGGAAAUUCACGUAAAUACAAGAGGUAAAUACUAUCCAGAUCCAAAACUCGAUGAAAUCAAUGCGGUUUUCUAUCAUACAAAUUUACCUACGAAUGUUUCAGCAUUACAUAAUGUGGGGGUUUUUGUCAAUACUUCUUCGGGUGAUGCUCGCAAAUACAAACAAUUUGCCAAUGAAUCCAACUUUUCUUUAACUUGCUUUCAAAACGAGCUUGAUUUGCUUGUCGCAUUGGUAUCAUUGGUGGAAUAUUUAGAUCCGGAUAUCUUGUCAGGCUACGAACUCCAUGCUUUAUCAUGGGGGUAUGUAAUAGAAAGGUCCAAAGCUAAGUAUAACAUUGAUUUAUGCCAACGUUUCUCACGCGUAGUACAUAAACAGGCCAACAAGGUGGGUGACAGGUGGGGCUAUACCCAUGCAUCUGGUAUUAAAAUAACCGGCCGUCAAAUGUUCAAUUUAUGGAGAAGAUUGAGAUCCGUUCUUAAUUUGAACCAUUACACUUUGGAAAAUGUAGUCUUUCAUGUUUUACACGACCGCUUACCAGCCUACAAAAUGGAAACCUUAUCUAAAUGGUUGAAAAAAGAUUUCAAGGGCACAAGUUAUGUUAUCAAUUAUUAUGUUUCGAAAAUCAAGUACGAAAUGCUUUUAAUCCAGAAACUAGAACUAGUUGAAAAAAUUAAUGAAGAAUCUCAACUACUUGGGAUUGAUUUCUAUUCAAUAUUAUAUCGUGGUAGUCAAUACAAGGUUGAAUGCUUAUUAGUUAGAUUAGCAAAGUCCGAAAAUUUUUUACUAGUUUCUCCCUCAAAGAAACAGGUAUUCAAGCAGGAUUCAUUAGAAUGUAUACCACUUGUUAUGGAGCCAAACAGCUCUUUUUACAAAUCUCCAUUAAUCGUGUUAGAUUUUCAAUCAUUGUACCCAUCGCUAAUAAUUGCUUACAAUAUAUGUUAUUCUACAGCUUUAGGACGAUUGAAAGAUUAUGAUCCUCAAAAGUAUACGAGAUUGGGUGUCAUCAACUAUAAAUCUCCUGAAGGACUUCUGAAACUUUUGGAAAAUAAUAUUAAUAUCUCACCGAAUGGGGUGGUAUUUGCUAAAGAAGAUAUUAGAAAAUCACUACUUGCAAAAUUAUUACUUGAGAUUUUGAACACAAGAAUUUACAUCAAAGAUACAAUGUCAAAUUUUAAAGAUGAUCAAGAGCUAAAAACUUUGUAUGGAAACAGACAGCUGGCAUUGAAAUUAAUAGCAAAUGUGACUUAUGGUUAUACCUCUGCCUCAUAUUCGGGUAGAAUGCCUAAUUCGGAUAUCGCAGAUGCUAUUGUUUCAUAUGGAAGAGAAACUUUACUAAAAGCUGUUAAAGAGAUUGAAAGCCAUGAUUUUUGGGGUGCCAAGGUUGUUUAUGGUGACACUGAUUCUUUGUUUGUCUAUUUGCCAGGUAAAACUAAAAGCGAUGCAUUUCGAAUUGGAAAAGAAAUGGCAGAUCAUAUCACCAAACUGAACCCUGCUCCUGUUAAGCUAAAGUUUGAAAAAGUAUACCUUCCCUCAAUACUGGUUAGUAAGAAAAGAUAUGUUGGUUGGUGUUCUGAAUAUGAGGAUCAAUCUCCCAGAUUUGAAGCGAAAGGGAUUGAGACGGUCAGAAGAGACGGCAUACCUGCACAACAGAAGAUUUUAGAGAAAGCAAUAAUUUUACUAUUCAAAAGUAAAGACGUGUCUCAGGUGAAGGAAUAUGUCCUAGACCAAUUUGUUAAAAUUACUCAAAAUAAGGUUAACCUAAAAGACUUUAUGUUUGCAAAAGAGGUCAGGAUUGGAACUUAUAAGAACGAAAAGUACAUCCCUGCAGGUGCCAGGUUGGCAAUGAGGUCAAUUGAGAAAGACCAUAGAGCGGAGCCCCAAUACAAAGAACGUGUGUACUAUCUUGUCAGAAGAGGGCAUAAUAAAGAAAUUUUAAGAGACCGGUGUGUUUCACCCGAUCAAUUUCUUAGUGAUUUAAACAUGGUGCUGGAUUCGGAGUAUUACAUAAAUAAAGUUUUAGUUCCCCCUCUCGAAAGAGUUUUCAACUUGUUAGGAGUAGAUAUUAAAUCUUGGGUUAAGGAGGUUCCGCAGAAAAUUUCAUAUGCCGGUAUUGACUCAACUUUAUUGAAUGUAAAGGUUAGGUCGUGCCUAUGUUGCAAGGGAAUUGCCGCUGAUGGCCUUUUAUGCACAGAAUGUCUACAAAAUAGUUUAGGUACUAUGUUAAAAUUGAAGAGUGAAGCUUGUGAUAAAGCGGUAAAAACUAGAAAUUACGUUGAUUUCUGUCGUUUCUGCUCUAGUAAUGUACUAAAUGAAGAUGUUAGCUCCACAACGGCUAAUGAAUGCUGCAACGAGGAUUGUAGUAUUUACUAUUCUAGAACUAAGAAGUUGAGGGAGACCAGAACAGCUAGUGCCAACUACAGAGCAAUUCCAGAUUGGUAA